CCACUAGUCUUAUUUCAGUUCCUUUUCAUGAAGAGCUCAGAAUUGCAAGAAGGAAACCAACCCUUAAGAUGAGCUUCCCAUGUAAAAUUUUAGCCAGCUUUCUUCUAAUUUUCAACUUUCCUACCAAAGGUUCAGACUGCCAAGAUAAUAUCUGGGGUGUCUUGGAUCAGGAUAUCAACUUGGAAAUUCCUGGAUUUCAAAAGAAUCAUAUUACUGAUGAUAUACAAUGGAAAAAAGGAUCGAACACCAACAAGAUUGCACAAUACAAAAGAGACAAGAAAUAUGUCCAGUUAAAUGACACAUAUGAGGUAUUUGAAAAUGGAACCUUAAAAAUUAAACGUCUGACGAAAAAUUCUGAAGGUUGCUACAAGGUAGUAAUAUACGAUAUAAACGGGAAAAACUUGUUGGAAAAAUCCUUUAAUUUGAAGACUUUAGAGUUGGUCUCAAAACCAAACAUCUUCUGGGACUGUGUCAACCGAACCUUGACCUGUAAUAUAACAAAGGGAAGUCACUUUGAAUUAAGACUGAUUAAAAAUGAGAAAAAUCUCACGAAAAGUUAUCAGAACACCAUCAAAUACAAGUGGUCCACCAACCCAGGUGGGGUAGUCAAGUGUACGGCACAGAACAAUCGCAGUGAGGAAUCUGUCACGGUGCCCCUCGUCUGUCCAGGGAAGAGCCUGGACAUGUAUCUCAUCAUCAGCAUCUCUGUAGGGGGCAGCCUCUUGAUAAUCUUUGUGGCACUGCUCAUUUUCUACGUCAGCAAGAGGAAAAAGCAGAACAGCAGGAGAAAUGAUGAGGAGGUGGAGAUAAGAGUACACAGAGCUAACACGGAGGAAAGGAGCCAGAAGCCCCACCAAUCAGUUCCACACAAUCCAGCAGCCACCCAGCCGCCUCCACCACUCGGUCAUCGUUCUCAGACAUCUGGUCCUCGUCCCUUGCCUCCUGGCCACCGUGUCCAGCACCAGCCUCAGAGGAGGCCUCCUCCGGGCACACAAGUUCAUCAGCACAAAGGCCCGCCCCUCCCCAGGCCCCGGGUUCAACCGAAACCUCCCCAUGGGGCUGCAGAAAACUCGUCGUCCCCUUCCUCUAAUUAAAAGCCAUAGAGACGGUCCUUCCUAGUAAAAGGCACUGCGGAUUUCUCUGGCCCGUGUGCACAUCCUCACUUCUACCAGGCGUUUUCUAGGAGCCAAGCAUUACCACGUCCUGAUGCUCCUGGGCCACCUCUGCACCUUCUAACUCACUGUGUGUUGACAUCCAGAAGGGAAAACAACAAACAUGGGAGGGUGGUGGGUGACUGAACACCACAACCUUAGCUCUCUCUUGCCUCCACUCAGAUCGUGUGCAGAUGAGAUAAGUCAAGAGGUUUCCAUGCUUGGGUGUCCCUAUGGGCAGACUGCCUGCCUUGAGAGACUCUCGGGUUUCUUAUGUGCCCUGGUGGACACUUGCCACUGUCCUGUGAGUAGAAGUGAAAUAAAAGCUUUAACUUACCCUGUCUGCUCACUGUCAAAACGCAUUAAGAAGAGGAAGCUGCUGAAUGGGAGAGGCUCCUGGGUGUGACAGCAGGAUCAAACUUGGUAAGCCCCAUUCACUUGAACCACUUUAAUCCUAAUUAAAAUGACCAGAACAUGCUCCCGGGUCCCUGUUGCAAAGCUGGGCCUAACAACCUAUUUGUAGAUUUGCGUAAGGAAUUGAAGGCUCUAUGCCCAAACAUUGAUGGAGGCAUCCAACAAUUUAAUCUUUUUGGUCUCCUUUCCUUGACUGGGCAGACAUGGUCAUAGUGACCUGUAGAGUCAUCCUUGAAAAGAAGGAUGUGUCCAUGAAUACUUGAGGUACCUCGAGAUCAUCACAUGACAGAAAAGGGUCGGUUCGAAGAUGAGUUGGUUGAAGCAAAUCUUAAGGGUCUUGAAUGACCAUAACUAAAAGGUCAGGCCACAUCCCCAACUGGAAGUCAUGCAGGCUGUACUUUGGGGAAAAG